CCCAACGCAGCCCAAGGGGCUGAGUCAGGGCUGGGCGCUGGCUGCACCGGGAAGGGCGGUGGCUGUGGCGUGAGGCUCAUAACCGCCCCGGCUGCUGCUGUGCCACAUCGCACCGCGGCCCUGCCGAGGACUGAGCCCCCCCUUCGCACCCCAGCCAUGCCCACAGAGACAGAACGCUGCAUCGAGUCCCUGCUGGCCGUCUUCCAGCGGUACGCGGGGCGUGAAGGGGACAGCUGCAAGCUCUCCAAGAGGGAAUUCGUGGCUUUCAUGAACACCGAGCUGGCUGCCUUCACAAAGAAUCAGAAGGACCCCGGCGUCGUGGACAGGAUGAUGAAGAAACUCGAUUUGAAUAGCGACGGGCAGCUAGACUUCCAGGAGUUCCUGAACCUCAUCGGGGGCAUCGCCGUGGCCUGCCACGAGUCCCUGAUACUCAAGCCCUAGCCCGGGUUGCUGUGUCUCCUCCACCACUGUCAACAUUCCUCAAACAAGACCAAUGCAAAGCUGGAAGCAGUGCCCUUAAGAUAGGGACAUACGCAUUCUUCGUUUUUAUGUGUAAAAUAAAAGGUUUAAAAUCCU